UGCCCUUAAACACGCCUUCAAAGAUGUUUAUCACACUCUUUGUUAUCUAUAUGUUUUGGUGUGAAAUGUGGAGCAAACGUCAACCUACAAAUAGGGUGACAGGCAGAUCAACCUUUAAAAGUGGCACUGGCCCCCAAAGACCAGAGAGCUGCAAACACAACCCACUGAGAACUGAAUUACACUGAAGACGCUGCAGAGCUUGAAGACUUGCAGACAGAGGAAUGGCAAACUACAAUCAAACCACAGACAAUUAUGUAACUCCGUUUAAUUACGAUUAUGACUCGACCGACAGCACAACUGAACCUGAAAUUGUUGAGCUAUGUGAAGCCACCGAAAAGCAAGAGUUGACAAUCAGGAUUGUCCAGACAACACUCUUCGUCAUCGUUUUCCUUAUAGGCAUAGUUGGAAACGGGCUGGUCAUUGCCACCUUCGCGCUGUACCGCCGCCUCCGUUUGCGUUGCAUGACCGACAUUUUCCUUUUCUACCUCGCUCUGUCUGAUAUGUUGCUCCUGUUGACUUUGCCACUGCAGACAGGCGAAACCCUGAUGGGCAGCUGGGAGUUUGGCGAGGGGCUCUGUAAGCUAAACCGUGGCAUGUAUGCCAUUAACACCUACAGCGGCCUGCUGCUUUUGGCAUGCAUUAGUGUGGACCGCUAUUUGGUGGUGGUUCGCACCAGGGCUGUGCGAAGGGUGAAUUCUGGGGUGCUGUGCAACUGCACGCUGUCAGCGAUUGGGGUUGCACUCACUUCUAUCGUGCUGAGCCUGCCAGACUUGCUCUUCUCGUCUGUAAGCAAAGAUAUGGGUACGAAUAACUCCUUGUGUGACAUGACCGUGUGGGAAGAUGAAGGAAGUAAAUGGAAGCUAUGGGCCCAAGUGGCAAAAAUUGCAGGGUUUUGUAUUCCCUGCGUGGCAAUGGUAGUUUGUUACGGUGCAAUAGGCCGUGUGUUGGUCCGUGCCGGCGGGAAAGGCUGGCGUAGACAGAGAACUCUUCGUCUGAUGGCAUUGCUCGUGGUCCUGUUCCUGCUGUUUCAGUUACCGUACACCAUUGUGCUUUUAGUCAAAAUAUUCAAUACAUCACGAACCUGUGACGAAUUUACCAGAUUCCAACUUGAGGAAAACAUCACGCUGAGCCUAGCCUACGUACGUUGCUGUCUGAAUCCUCUGCUGUACGCUCUGGUUGGUGUGAGGUUCAGAAAUGACAUUGCAAGAUUGUUGACGGAUACCGGGUGCAUGUGCCUGUCACAUCUAACACCACCUUAUGAGAAUGGCAGCUCGGUUACGCCCUCCUCACCUGCUCCGUCCACUGUGACGCACCAGUCCUCCGUCUACCUGGCCGCUAAAACCACACCAGCAAAAGUGGCAAACAACGCCCAAACCUUCAUUUUUCCUGAGCCUGUAUCUAAAAUAAAUUCAAGUUAUUAGAGACAUAACUGCAUUUGAUAGAUUUAAAAGCAUAUUUUUAAAUAGUGUGCAAUGUACUGUAUAUAUGCUUCUUGGUAAUGUUUCAGUAGUUUUGUAUUUUCUUUUUUUUUGUAAUACAAAAAAGAAAAAAAUAAUUAUUCUUUUAUAAUAUACUAUAUUGCUGUACAGAAUAUACCUCUAUGUUGUUCUUAUGUGUUUUACAGCUUAACAUGCUUGCAAGACACAUAUUUUUUUCUUUCAUUUCUUUUUUUCAAAUAAGCACCAUAUGUCCUUUUUUUUAUAAAAAUGCAAAUAAAAGUAAGUCUAAACUUGAGUAGUCUUGUAUAUUUAAACAGGAACAUCUUAUAGUUCACCCAAAAAUGAAAAUUUGUCAUCUACUCACAUUUACAUUUAGCAGACACUUUUAUACAAAGAUUAGGAAACAAUAAAGCGAUAUGUCAUAGGGAGGCAAUGGUACAAAAGGGACUACCAAUAAAAGUUUUUGCUAUUCCAAAACAAUACAUGUUAAGAAAAAAUAAAGAGUUAGUGUACGUUUUUUGUAUUUAAAAUACUUUAAUUAUAAUAUUUAUGUAAAGAAAUAGACAAAAUUUGUACCACCUACCAUCAUUACGUUCUCCAAAGCGCAUUAGGUCCUCCUCAGCCACACCCAGUAAGAUGCCCAAAUAUUGUUUUUCCCUUACGAAAAUUAACCAUGUUUUUUUCCAAUGUAAUAAACAAAAAAAAAUUGUAAUGGUAGGCAUUUCAACUGUUACUAAACUCACCAAAUCACAAUGAUUUCCGAGUCAUCGUGAUAUAUAUAAGAGGGACUCUCUUCUGCCACUCGCUGAGAGGCUUAAAGCGAGAUUCGCGAGGGCACAGUAGGUUAUAAAUCAAAUGACAGACCUUUUGGAGCCAACCGACACUUCCACUACGUGGUUCUGAUUUGUUGAGCCGUGUUAAAGCGGGUUGUAAAUUACAUAUACUGUACGCCCUCAUCUGACAUAUACAUGCGUUGUCACGGACACGCGUCUGGACGGAACUUAACUUCCUGUCUCUGUUUGUUUAAUGGUCUGGUUAGUGGCUAAACUGAACUCUGGAAGAAAUAACAAAUAUUUGGUUUACUAAAGACGAGGGGAGAUGGUGAUCAUGGAUCAUCACUAUGUGAAAGGAGGUUUGGCAGCCGACAUUGUAUACAUAUAUAGUACACAUUUUACACAG